UUAAACCUUGUUGUGUUUUACUAGCUAUGUAAGAAGGAGGCUGCCUGUCAAGGCAAGAUGGAACUGGCCCUGAAUAAUCUCAACCUUCCAAAGAUCACUCAAGAAGAUAAAUGCUAUGACACUGGAUUUGAAAAGGAAACAUGUCUGGGAAGACUUUCAAGUGGUCUUUAUGCUUUCGGGACGUUCUUUGAAUAUUUAGAAGAGGCUUCUGUUGAGACUGCAGAAACUUUUCGGCCAAGCACACAGCACCUGGCAAAUACCUUGAGAUCAAUGAUGGACAAUCCUGAAACUGUGACCUUGCCGGAUCCAGCUGCUCAGAAAAUUCUUGCCGCAAAGCUUCGAGAACACAGAGGCUGGACUGUUACAGUUAUCAAACACUUCAUACUUCAAGAUUUUACUUUAUUUAUGCAGAAAACUACAAGGGCUCUACGUGUCUUAUGAGAGGCCAGGAGUUCUAGUGCCUUUUAAAAAUUGGGCACAUCAGUUCUCAAAACAUCUGCAGUUGAAGCAGAGGCUCAUUUUGUUCUCCUUUUUGAGAACUCACUAUGUUGUUUCUUUAAUUGGGAAUAUGCUAUUUGCAGUUAUUUAUGAUAUUUAAUAUAUUUAUUAAAAUUGUGUAUGCAUUUUCACUCCCAAGACUCACAGCCAGUUUUAACAGGGAGUCGGCACCAUGCCAUUUCAGUAUUCACUGAAUAUUUUACUUGAAAAUUAUGGAUCAAGAAUAUACAGCUAAAUUAUACC